GAUUUAAUAAGACACAUAAAUUUCAAUUGUAAAGUGUUGAAAAGACAGUUUUAAAUAAAUGUCGACAACAGUCCUCUAUUUGUAUUUUAACCAAAGUGGAACACGACACUAUGACACUGCCUUCAUAACAAGCUUUUCUUGCUCCUUAGAAUAACACUACGUGCCUUUUCGUCUGUAACGUUUGGAUCACUUCAACGCUCUCUCUUCCCUUUAAACGAUGAUCAUCUGAUUAAGCUCUAACCUUGGGGAGCAAUUGAAGUGACACACUCUCUGAAGCCUAUGUGUAUCAAACUGUAUUUGUUCGUGGCUUCUAGACCAGGUUAGAGAAUCACCUGCAAGACUAAUCAAUCUCAUUUUAUUAAUGCACAGAAAAAUUUCUGUUCACAAAACCUUGACAAAGAAUGGUUCCUUGAGUACUUAAUUGUGUUUGAGGGUUUGUGCCUGAAAUGGAGAAAAAGGGGAAGGUACUGAUGGAGAAGUAUGAGUUUGGGAGACUAUUAGGCAAAGGAAACUUUGCAAAGGUGUACCAUGCAAGGGACAUUCGAACCGGUGACAAUGUUGCAGUUAAGGUUAUUGACAAGGAGAAAGUCCUAAAACUUGGGCUGAUGGAUCAGACGAAGCGCGAGAUAUCUAUUAUGAGACUGGUUAAACACCCAAAUGUUUUGCAGCUUUAUGAGGUCUUGGCCACCAAAACCAAGAUUUACUUCAUCAUAGAAUACGCAAAAGGGGGUGAGCUGUUCAACAAGAUAGCGAAAGGUAGGCUCCAUGAGAACAUGGUGAGGAAGUACUUUCAACAAUUGAUCAGUGCUGUUGAUUUUUGCCACAGGAAGGGUGUUUAUCACAGGGAUUUGAAGCCGGAAAACUUGCUCUUGGAUGAGAAUGGAAUUCUCAAAGUAGCAGAUUUUGGAUUGAGCGCACUCGUUGAAUCUCAUAGCCGAGGAAUCAUGCUUCACACAAUGUGUGGAACUCCUGCAUAUGUUGCUCCUGAUGUUAUAUUAUGCAAACAAGGGUAUGAUGGAGCAAAAGCUGAUAUAUGGUCUUGUGGAGUGAUCUUAUUUGUCCUUUCGGCCGGUCAUUUGCCAUUCAAUGAUUUGAAUAUAAUGGCACUGUAUAAGAAAAUAGGCAGGGCAGAAUACAAAUGUCCAAAAUGGUUUUCAUUUGAAGUGCGCCGGCUAUUAGCGAGGAUCCUUGACCCUAACCCGGAUACUAGGAUAACCAUGGCAAAAGUUUUACGAAAUUCAUGGUUCAGAAAAGGAUUAAUUUCCAAAUCUUUUCAAGUGAUAGGAGAGGUUACCGAUGCGGCUUCAGCUGAUUCUGAAGAAGCUCUUGCCUUUUCUGAGAAUGGAGGCGAGGCACAUCAAGCAUUGCUUAGGCCUACAUCUUUAAAUGCUUUUGAUAUAAUUUCUCAAUCCGUCGGGCUUGACUUGUCUGGCCUGUUUUCAAACAAUGAUGAAAACGACUUAGAUGAGGAUAUCAAAUUUACAUCUACGAGCUCUGCCAUGUCUAUCAUGUCAACAAUGGAGGAUAUUGCGCACAACCUGAGUAUGAAAAUAAUGAAGAAGGAUGGGGGGUUGCUGAAAUUGGAGAGAUCCAGAGAAUUUAGAAAAGGGCCACUUUCCAUUGAGGCUGAGAUUUUUGAGUUCACUCCAUCAUUCCAUUUAGUUGAGAUAAAGAAAUCAUCUGGUGAUACUCUAGAAUACCAGAAGAUAUUGAAGGAGAAUAUAAGACCAGCUCUAAAAGACAUUGUCUGGGUUUGGCAAGGUGAGGAGGAGCAAGAGAUGUAGCAAGGUUUUCUUCUCCAUGAAAGAUUCAUUAACUUCAUAUUCUGAAUUACUUCUGUGACAAAGAUACCAUGGUAAUUGAACUACUGAUAUUUUAUACCAUGGUAAUUGAACUAUUGACAAAGAUAUUCUGAAUUAUUCUACAUGGUUUUUCUUGAGAAUUAUGCCUGCGGAAGUAUAAACGGUCAUUAAUCAUACCAUUCUUAUAAGAUGUCAUUAUGUCAUACUUUAUUUACAUGAAUUUUGUAUAGAAAAUGAUGGCUUAAUACUACUGAUUGCUGAAUCAAACUUUCGUUUGUAAUAAAUGAACUAAAUCCUGGUCCUCCAUAUUUUAUUUAAUUUGCUAGUUAAUUUUUUUUUCCCA